AUGAGCCCCCCUCAAGACAUCAGGGCCACGCCUUCAAACAGCGAAAGAGCUGUUUCCACGAGCUUCGGCCAUCAGCUCUCCACCUCGCCCUCGGCCACAUUCCAUACACCAUCAGCCUCCCAAGGUAGCUGGCCUGGUCCUCUGGUACAACGGGUUGCCUCCGAGAAACAGCUCAAGCCCUUCAACACCCAAGACGUGAAGAUCCUCCUCCUCGAAAACGUCAACAAAUCUGGACAGGAGAUUCUCAAAAAACAAGGCUACCAGGUCGAGGCUCUCAAGACCUCACUACCCGAAGACGAGCUCAUCGAAAAAAUCAAGGACGUACAUGUCAUUGGCAUCCGCUCCAAAACCAAGCUUACUGAGAAGGUCCUCAGCAAGGCCAACAACCUUCUUGUGGUAGGCUGCUUCUGCAUCGGCACAAAUCAGGUCGACCUUGACUAUGCUGCUCGCCAUGGCAUCGCUGUCUUCAACUCCCCAUUCGCCAACUCGCGCUCUGUUGCCGAGCUAGUGAUUGCCGAGAUCAUCGUCCUUGCCCGUCAACUAGGUGACCGCUCCAACGAGAUGCACCGUGGCACUUGGAACAAGGUCAGUGCCAAGUGCUGGGAAAUCCGCGGCAAGACGCUCGGCAUUGUUGGCUACGGACACAUUGGCUCGCAACUGUCGGUCUUGGCAGAGGCGAUGGGUAUGAAUGUCAUCUACUACGAUGUCGUUACGUUGAUGGCGCUAGGUACGGCACGACAAGUGCCUACUCUCGACGACCUUCUGAACGAGGCCGACUUCGUCACACUCCAUGUGCCAGACUUGCCCGAGACACGCAAUAUGAUUUCCACAAAGCAGUUUGAGCAGAUGAAGACUGGUGCCUACCUCAUCAAUGCCAGCCGAGGCAGCGUUGUGGACAUUGCCGCCUUGAUCAAGGCAAUGAACGGCGGCCAGGUGGCUGGUGCUGCGCUUGACGUGUACCCCCAUGAGCCUGCGGCCAAUGGCGAUUAUUUCAACGCCACGCUCAAUUCUUGGGGCGACGAGUUGCGCAACCUGAACAACAUCAUCCUGACACCUCACAUUGGCGGCAGCACGGAAGAGGCACAGCGUGCGAUUGGUAUUGAGGUUAGCGAAGCCCUCGUACGCUACAUCAACCAGGGCAUUACUCUCGGCAGCGUCAAUCUCCCCGAGGUACAGCUGCGCUCUUUGACACUGGAAGAGGAAAAUACUGCACGCGUCAUCUACAUUCACAAGAACGUGCCUGGUGUAUUGCGCCGCGUCAACGAGAUUCUGGGCGACCACAACGUCGACAAACAGAUCAGCGACAACCGCGGCGAUGUGGCCUAUCUGAUGGCAGACAUCAGCAAAGUCCAAGUUGGGGAGAUCAAAGAUUUGUACGAGAGCUUGGAGGGCCUCAGCUCUCGCAUUCUUACACGUAUGGCAUCGACAUAUGAUGUCGGCACGAGAGCUUGGCAGCCUGAUGCUGCCGAAGGCUGGGUAGCGUCUGAGCUUAUCAGCAGGUCUGUUGAUGGCGGAAAGGCGACGCUGGUCUUCAAGCUCGAGAAUGACGAGGAGAAAACGAUCGAGGUCUCAGAGGAGGCUCUCACCAAAGGCAACGAUCCGGCCCUGCCACCGUUGAUGAAUCCCGCCAUGCUUGAAGCGAGCGAUGAUUUGACGAACCUUUCACAUCUCAACGAGCCGGCCGUGCUCCAAGCGAUCCGGCUCCGAUAUAUGCAGAAAGAGAUCUAUACGUACUCUGGUAUCGUUCUCAUCGCCACCAACCCGUUUGCUCGCGUCGAAUCUCUAUAUGUCCCGGGCAUGGUUCAGGUGUACGCCGGAAGGCAGCGUGCGACACAAGCCCCUCAUCUGUUUGCCAUUGCAGAAGAGGCUUUUAUCGACAUGAUCCGCGACAAGAAGAACCAGACGAUCGUUGUGUCUGGCGAGUCGGGUGCCGGAAAGACUGUCAGCGCCAAGUAUAUUAUGCGAUACUUUGCAACACGAGAGUCCCCCGACAACCCGAGCGGCCGGACUAAACGCGGUAACGAAUCUAUGAGCGAGACAGAGGAGCAGAUUCUUGCGACUAACCCCAUCAUGGAGGCCUUCGGUAACGCAAAGACAACAAGAAACGACAACUCCUCGCGAUUUGGAAAGUACAUCGAGAUCAUGUUCGAUGAGGCAACCAACAUUAUCGGUGCCAAGAUCCGUACCUACUUGCUGGAGCGUUCGCGUCUCGUUUUCCAGCCGCUGAAGGAGCGCAACUACCACAUUUUCUACCAACUCGUCGCUGGUGCUUCGGAUGAACAGCGCGAGGAACUAAACAUUCUACCGGUGGACCAAUUCGAAUACCUCAACCAGGGGCAGUCACCAACGAUCGAUGGCGUUGAUGACAAGGCGGAAUUUGAGGCAACGAAAAAGUCAUUAACUACAGUUGGUGUGCCAGAGGAUCAGCAGCACUCGAUCUUCAGGAUUCUAGCUGCUCUUUUGCAUUUAGGCAAUGUCAAGAUCACAGCAUCGCGAAACGACAGUGUCCUUGCACCAAACGAACCCUCGUUGGAGAAGGCUUGCGACAUCUUAGGCGUCAAUGCCGCUGACUUCGCGAAAUGGAUCGUGAAGAAGCAACUCAUCACACGUGGUGAGAAGAUCACGUCCAACCUGAACCAGGCUCAAGCCAUCGUCGUGCGAGACUCGGUAGCAAAGUUCAUCUACUCCAGCCUGUUUGACUGGCUCGUGGACGUGAUCAACCAAAGUCUUGCCACCGAGGAAGUUCUGAGUCGCGUUGUUUCGUUCAUUGGCGUGCUGGAUAUCUACGGUUUUGAGCACUUUGCCAAGAAUUCGUUUGAACAGUUCUGCAUCAACUACGCCAACGAGAAGCUCCAGCAGGAAUUCAACCAGCACGUGUUCAAACUUGAGCAGGAGGAGUAUCUCCGGGAGCAGAUUGACUGGACGUUUAUCGAUUUUUCGGAUAACCAGCCGUGCAUCGACUUGAUUGAAGGCAAGAUGGGUAUUCUGUCCCUUCUCGACGAAGAAUCGCGCCUACCCAUGGGUUCCGAUGAGCAGUUCGCCAUGAAGCUCCACAACAACUUUGGUGAUAAUAAGCACAAGUUCUUCAAGAAGCCUCGCUUCGGGAAGUCUGCUUUCACCGUGUGCCAUUAUGCUGUGGAUGUCACCUAUGAAUCAGACGGGUUUAUUGACAAGAACCGCGACACUGUGCCUGAUGAGCAGCUUUCAGUGCUGCGUGCUACCUCAAACGAGUUCCUGAAGACAGUCCUCGACGCCGCCGCAGCAGUGCGCGAAAAGGAUGUCGCUUCGUCGUCGUCGUCCAGUGCUGUUAAGCCCGCUGCUGGUAGGAAGAUCGGCGUGGCUGUCAACCGGAAGCCAACACUGGGAGGCAUUUUCAGGUCGUCACUUAUCGAGCUCAUGCACACCAUCAACAACACGGACGUCCAUUACAUCCGUUGCAUCAAGCCAAAUGAGGCCAAGGAGGCGUGGAAGUUUGAAGGCCCCAUGGUGCUGAGUCAGUUGCGUGCCUGCGGUGUACUGGAAACUGUGCGCAUCAGUUGUGCGGGUUACCCGACGAGAUGGACAUAUGAAGAGUUUGCUCUUCGUUAUUACAUGCUCGUUCAAUCCAGUGGAUGGACGUCUGAAAUUCGUCAAAUGGCCGAUGCUAUCCUCUCCAAGGCGCUUGGCACCAGUUCCGAGAAGGGCAUGGACAAGUAUCAGCUCGGUCUGACGAAGAUCUUCUUCCGUGCCGGUAUGCUGGCCUUCCUUGAGAACUUGCGCACAAACCGUCUGAACGAAUGCGCCAUCAUGAUACAGAAGAAUCUGAAGGCCAAGUACUACAGGCGUCGUUACUUGGAGGCCCGUGAGGCCAUUGUUCAGACUCAAUCUGCUGUGAGGGCAUUUAUCGCCCGGAGACAUGCUCGAGAACUGCGCACCAUCCGGGCUGCCACGACCAUACAGCGUGUCUGGCGCGGUCAGAAGCAGCGCAAGGCGUACCACGUCAUUCGCAAGGAUCUCAUCGUUUUCGAGUCCGUUGCAAAGGGCUACCUGCGCAGGAAGCAAAUCAUGGAAGCGAGGGUUGGCAAUGCUGCCCUCAUUAUCCAGAGGGCUUGGAGAUCGAGAAGUGCGCUGCAGACAUGGAGACAAUAUCGCAGGAAAGUUUGUCUGGUCCAGAGUCUGUGGCGUGGUCGACAGGCUCGCAAGGAGUACAAGGGCAUGCGAGAAGAAGCUCGUGAUCUAAAGCAGAUCUCGUACAAGCUGGAGAACAAGGUGGUGGAGCUGACUCAAGCCCUGGGCUCGAUGAAGGAGAAGAAUAAGAAUCUGGCGUCACAGGUGGACAACUAUGAAAGCCAAAUCAAAUCGUGGAAGAGCCGGCACAACGCACUCGAGGCCAGGACGAAGGAGCUGCAGACGGAGGCCAACCAGGCCGGUAUCGCCGUUGCUCGUUUACAGGCAAUGGAGGACGAAAUGAAGAAGCUCCAGUCUGCAUUUGACGAAUCGACUGUCAAUAUCAAGCGGAUGCAAGAAGAAGAGCGCGAGCUCAGGGAGUCACUACGUCUGUCCAGCACUGAACUGGAGGAUGCUAAACGCAUCAGUGGGCAACACGAGAAAGACAAUAGUAGUCUGCGACAGGAGCUGGAAGCACUUCGCGACGCACUGGAGCUCGCCAAAAGGAAUGCUCCUGUCAAUGGGGAGCUUACAAAUGGCGCUGCGCCAGCUGCGCCGGUUGGCGCCGGCCUUAUCAACCUGGUAGCCUCCAAGAAGCCCAAGCGUCGCAGCGCUGGCGCCGAGCCCAUCCAGGCCGAUCGCAUGAGUGGAGCGUACAAUCCUCGACCGGUAUCUAUGGCUGUGACUGGCACUGCGCAUCGCCAGAACUUGUCUGGCACAACAUUCACGCCCGGCCUCGAUAACGUCGAGAUGGAGCUUGAGGGUCUACUGGCAGAUGAAGACGGUCUGAACGAGGAAGUCACCAUGGGUCUGAUUCGCAACUUGAGGAUACCCUCGCCCAACACGACGCCUCCUCCUUCUGACAAGGAAGUGUUAUUCCCCUCUUACCUUAUCAACUUGGUCACGUCCGAGAUGUGGAACAACGGCUUCGUGAAGGAAUCAGAACGCUUCCUCGCCAAUGUGAUGCAGUCGAUCCAGCAAGAGGUCAUGCAGCACGAUGGCGACGACGCUGUCAACCCAGGCGCUUUCUGGUUGUCUAAUGUGCACGAGAUGCUGUCGUUUGUAUUCUUGGCCGAAGACUGGUACGAGACCCAGAAGACGGACAAUUAUGAGUACGAUCGCCUCCUGGAGAUUGUCAAGCACGACCUGGAGAGUCUCGAGUUCAACAUCUAUCAUACAUGGAUGAAGGUGCUCAAGAAGAAGCUGCACAAGAUGGUUAUUCCGGCGAUCAUCGAGUCGCAAUCUCUGCCAGGUUUCAUCACCAAUGAGAGCAGUCGCUUUCUUGGGAAACUGCUGCAGUCUAACUCGGCCCCGGCGUACAGCAUGGACAACUUGCUGAGUUUGCUGAAUAACGUCUUCAGGGCUAUGAAGGCGUACUACUUGGAGGACGCCAUCAUCACCCAAACAGUGACCGAGCUUCUGCGCCUCGUCGGUGUCACAGCAUUCAACGACCUCUUGAUGCGCCGCAACUUCCUGUCCUGGAAGCGAGGCCUGCAAAUCAAUUAUAACAUCACUCGUAUCGAGGAGUGGUGCAAAAGUCACGACAUGCCUGAGGGCACGCUUCAGUUGGAGCAUCUUAUGCAGGCUACGAAGCUGCUGCAGCUGAAGAAGGCAACACUGAAUGACAUUGAGAUUAUCCAGGACAUUUGCUGGAUGCUUUCACCCUCACAGAUCCAGAAGUUGCUGAACCAGUACCUCGUGGCCGAUUACGAGCAGCCCAUCAAUGGCGAGAUCAUGAAGGCCGUUGCUUCGCGCGUGACCGAGAAGAGCGAUGUACUGCUCCUCCAGGCGGUCGAUAUGGAAGACAGCGGCCCAUAUGAGAUCGCGGAGCCUCGCUCAAUCACAGCUUUGGAGACAUACACCCCUUCAUGGCUACAGACGCCGCGUCUCAAGCGCCUGGCGGAGAUCGUCUCAGCCCAGGCCAUGGCGCAGCAGGAACGCGGCAGUAAUGGAGACAGUCUCGAGGGGCACAGUGUAUUAGAAGAGGUGGACGAGGGUGAGCCGGAAGAUUAA